AUGCCUACCUCAUUCCCGAGACAUCUGCUUCUUGCUGUGGUGGCGUUCUACGAUGUCACCGUCGGCGCUUCGGCACUUCAACCUACUCCUCCGAUGGGAUUCAAUAAUUGGUCAGCAUUUAUGUGUGGUCUUAACGAAUCGUUGUUUGUUGAGACGGCCCAGGCCAUGGUGGAAAAAGGCCUACUUGCGGCAGGUUACAACCGACUCAAUCUAGAUGAUUGUUGGAGUAAGGGUAGUCGGGAACCCAACGGAAGUUUGCUAUGGAACACUGAAAAGUUUCCACGUGGUCUUCCAUGGUUGACCAGCUAUCUGAAAAGCUUGGGUUUUAAUUCAGGAAUUUACACUGAUGCUGGAAUCAAUAGUUGUGGCGGAUAUCCGGGAUCGUAUGGUUAUGAGGAGCUUGAUGCUGAAGCUUUUGCCUCUUGGGGCUUUGAUUACCUCAAAGUCGAUGGUUGUAAUAUGCCUGUUGCAACGGAACAAGAGUAUGAGCUUACCUAUGGACACUGGCAUAGCGUGUUAAGCGCCAUGGAGAAUCCUAUCAUUUUUUCAGAGUCCGCUCCGGCAUAUUUUGCAGAGCAGGAUAAUUUAACGGAUUGGUAUACUGUGAUGGGCUGGGUCCCAAAAUACGGACAGCUUGCUCGUCACUCGCGUGAUACCCUGGUUUGGAACUCAACUUCAUAUUGGCCGGACAUUACUGGAUGGGACUCCAUCAUGUUCAACUAUGGACAAGAAGUACGACUGGCACGAUAUCAGAAACCUGGUUACUUCAACGAUCCAGAUUUCCUCAUCGUUGACCACUUUGAUCUAUCACUUAAUGAAAAGAGAUCGCAUUUCGCUAUCUGGGCUUCACUUUCGGCUCCUCUCAUUAUCAGUGCUUAUAUUCCGGCUUUCAGUGCAGAUGAAAUUGCUUAUCUUACGAAUAAAGAUCUAAUAGCUGUCAACCAAGACUCACUGGCAUUACAGGCUACACUUGUUAGCCAAGAUGGUACUUGGGAUGUUUUGACCAGAAGUCUAGCUAAUGAUGAUCGACUUCUUACACUUAUCAAUCGAGGCAAUUCCACGGCCACUUACAAAAUACCAUUUCAGAGGAUUGGUAUCUCGGCCUCAACAGUUAAAGUUAAGGACUUAUGGACAGGAAAAACAUUAUCCACGUCUAAAUUAAUCACAGCUUCUAAUGUGCCUUCUCAUGGUACUGCAGUAUAUCGGAUUUCUUCUGGAUAUGGGGACAUAGACGUCAUACCCACGGGUAUGAUUUUCAACACAGCUUCACUAAAUAUCCUCACCUACUCUAGUCAGGGCCUAUCAUGGGCAGUUUCUGUCGGCUCAGAUAACCAAAUAUGGCAAACGAUUGUAGAUGAUACUGUCAGAGGGAUAUUUGAUACUUCUAAGUGUCUAACGGAUCUUGGGGGUGGAAAGGUAUCACUGACUGCAUGUUCUGGGAGCAACACCCAAAAAUGGGAGUACUACGUUACUGGCAAUCUCAUUAGCCGUAGUACUGGUGCAUGUUUGGCUGAGACUACCCAUGGAGAUGUUAUAACAGCUCAGUGUCAGUCUGAAAGUAACAGUCAAGUGUUCGGCCUACCCAGCGGGAUCAAUGUUAUUGGCCAAUGA